AUAAUCUUCUUCUUCUUCUUCACCUUCAGCUUCCAAUCUCUCUGUUUUUUUUUUGAAAUUCCCCAUUUUCUGGGAUAUAUAUUAACAAUGUCUCUCAGACCCAUUUCAGUUUCAGCCUUUUCUCUCUCACCCAUGAAAGGGGAGAGUCAUAGCCCUGGAAGCCCAUUUCUGUUCUCAACCGCCCUGUCAUCUUCUUCUAUCUUGAAAUAUGCUUUCUCUUCCAAUAUUUCUCUGAGAUUUAGGCAAAGGAGUGGUGGGAAACUCAUUGUUUCUGCAUCAAACGAGAUUGUUGGGACACCUCUAACGGGAGUGUUGUUUCAGCCAUUUGAAGAGCUCAAGAACGAUGCUUUUCUUGUCCCUGUCUCCCCCCAGGUUUCGAUUGCUCGGCAGAGGUACUCGAAGGAGUGUGAAGCGGCGAUUAAUGAGCAGAUCAAUGUGGAAUACAAUGUGUCUUAUGUGUACCAUGCCAUGUUUGCCUACUUCGACAGGGACAAUAUUGCCCUCAAGGGCCUCGCCAAGUUCUUCAAGGAGUCAAGUGAAGAAGAAAGAGAGCAUGCUGAAAAGCUGAUGAAAUAUCAGAACAUACGUGGAGGAAAAGUAACACUACACUCUAUAAUAAUGCCCCCAUCAGAGUUCGAGCAUGCAGAGAAGGGAGAUGCAUUGUAUGCUAUGGAAGUAGCAUUGUCUUUGGAGAAGUUAACGAACGAGAAGCUUCUGAGGUUGCACAGCGUGGCAGACUGUAACAACGAUCCCCAAAUGACGGAAUUCAUUGAGAGGGAGUUUCUAUCAGAGCAGGUUGAAGCCAUUAAGAAGAUAUCUGAAUAUGUUGCUCAAUUGAGGAGGGUUGGUAAAGGCCACGGAGUGUGGCACUUUGAUCAGACCCUCCUCCAUGAAGGUGAUGCAGCAUUUUGAAGAAUUUAAGUGUUGUUUUUGUUCUUGGUUACAAUAUGCUUUAUGCUGCUGAAGUUCUGUUCUGGGAUGAGUUUAUUUGCAUAAAUAUGUGUGAUUAUUAUUUAGGUAAAGAUGAUUAGGGUGCAAAAUCAGAGAGAAUAAGAAUUUGUUACAGUAGAAGACAUGAAACUUAUCAGUGACACACAAAGAUCUCAGCUGUCUUGUAUUAACAUAUUGGAAUAAACUUAUCCUUUGUCUGGUA